UCAAAGGUCGUUGAUCGUUGGGUGGCAUUGUUUGUUUAUUCAUUUGCAAGAAAACUCUAUAGCUAGUCGACGCAGGUUCCUGGUCCCUGGAUGCUUUUGUACGUAUCGAUAAGUUCAGCUGCCCUAGAUGGUUAAAUACACUUCCUGGAUGCAGAUGCUCUAAAUAAAGGCAUUAGCCUUCUCCAGCCAACUCUUCCUCAAACCUGCUCCUUCCCUCUGCUUGAUUGCUUCACCGCUCGCCUCUCCGGCUCUUCUCUUGAUCCAUACAAUCAAGGAUCAGCACCUCUCGAAACCUGCAGGUCUUGGAUCUUUAGAUGAAUCUUCUGGACUUGAGUGGGACACCCGCUAUAACAUAAUUGUCGAGAUUUGCUAUGGUUUAAAGUACCUUCAUGAGGGAAAAGAUAAGCCCGUGCUCCAUAUGGACCUAAAGCCGGCCAACAUAUUGCUGGAUAAUGCUAUGAAGCCAAAGAUUACAGACUUUGGUCUUUCAAGACUACUCGAUCAACAGCAAACUAUAAGCACUUCAAGUCGUGAUGGAACACUGGGUUACAUGGCACUAGAAUACCUACAUGGAGGUACGGUCACAGCUAAAUCAGACAUACUUAGUUUGGGUGUAAUAAUUUUGGAGGUAAUAACAGGACACAAGGACUACCCAGAUGUUACAAGAACAUCAUCCGAGAGAUUUGUGGAGCUUACACUUGAUAAAUGGAGGUCCAGAAAUCCAUUGAACAAAUCACCAGGCUAUAUACCAAAAAUAAGAAGAUGCAUUGAGAUAGGUCUAGCAUGUGUGAAUCCUGAGCGGAAGGGAAGGCCAUCAACAGGCGAGCUUAUAAAGUUGCUACAAGGAAGAAUGACGUUAGACGAGGUAUAGUAAUUACUUAAUCAUAAUGCAUGUAAAUGUCAUCAAAACACCUCGAAGAGUACAAGUUGUGCACAUUCAAAUAAGAUACACCUGCAAUGCAUCGGGUCUGUCCUAACCGUGAUCACUAUCAGGGAUUUUGUAAAAUUUAAAUGAGGCAAAAUAUUGUCAUAGUUAACCAGUGGAAUAUAUAGAUUGCAGC